CUCUAGAGAUUGACAACUGCUUUUGUACGACCGUGAACUGCCGCUCUGGUGUCUCCUUAAUCCUAAUCUACCUCGAAUUUUCUAUCUAUCUGUUAGUUGUUUUUGCGUCAUUAUUUUGGGACAGCACCGGAGAUUUGCGUACAUUCUGUGAGAAUAAUUUUUUGCAAUAGGGAAUAUCAGUAGUUCAACGCAAAAGAUGGCUGUUACCAAAGUGUCCAGCGCAGAGCAGUACUCUAAAUUGUUAAGUUCGUCCUCCGUAACAGUUGCCCUGUUCUCGGCUGAAUGGGCCGACCAGUGCAAGCAGAUACUCUCGGUUAUGUCCGAGCUGGCGAAGCAGGCCACAUUCGGUGGGAUGCAGUUUUUGGACGUACCGGCGGAAGAACUGUCCGAAGUUUCCCUCAAGCAUCAGAUUGAUGCCGUCCCAACGGUGAUAUUCUUCAAAGCCGGAACGGCGGUGGAUCGUAUCGAUGGAGUGGACAUUGCUGCGCUAACGACGAAAUGUCGAAAGUAUGCCGGUACUCCAGAAGCUUCUUCCGAUGGUAGCUUUGAGAAUCGACUGAAGGCCCUGAUAAACCGAGCCAACGUGAUGAUCUUUAUGAAGGGAGAUCGUGAUGCGCCCCGCUGUGGAUUUUCUAAACAGCUUAUUGCGAUCAUGAACGAAACUGGAGUCGCUUAUGAUACCUUUGACAUUCUCACUGACGAGGAGGUGCGACAGGGCUUGAAAACGUAUUCCGAUUGGCCAACGUAUCCGCAGGUUUACGUAAAGGGAGAGCUUAUCGGUGGGUUGGACAUCAUCAAGGAAUUGCUCACGGCAGGCGAGCUAAAUGCGACGUUGAGCGCUUGAGUAAUUUAUUCUUCCCCGAGGCGCUAGUUAUUCAAAAAUCUGAAUAAUUUCCUAUUGUUUAUUCAUUUAUGCUGAUGAGAAAGAUCGAUCUGUGUUUGGUCUUUUGUUGGUAGUAAAACGUAAUCUUGUGUUCUUUAAGAA